GCGGGCAGCAGAAAAAGAGUCAGAAAAAUUUCAAUAAAGGGUCAAAGCUCCACUAGGGAAUUUGAGAUUUUCAAUUUCAAUUCCCCUUUUCUGUGCGAGAAUAAGUGAAACUCGAAGUAUCAUCCUGUAGUUUCCUUGCAUUUUGAAGCUUAGACAUGGCAGAAAAGGCAUGUGUAAAGCGACUCCAGAAGGAAUAUAGAGCACUUUGUAAAACUGUGAUAUUGCAGGAACCUGUCUCCCAUGUUGUGGCCCGCCCUUCACCAAAUGAUAUUCUUGAGUGGCAUUACGUUUUGGAGGGGAGUGAAGGAACACCCUUUGCAGGUGGAUUAUAUUAUGGUAAGAUCAAGUUUCCUCCAGAAUAUCCAUUUAAACCUCCUGGAAUCAGCAUGGUUACUCCAAAUGGAAGGUUUAUGACACACAAGAAAAUUUGUUUAUCUAUGAGUGAUUUUCACCCAGAGAGCUGGAACCCUAUGUGGUCUGUGUCAAGCAUACUCACUGGACUGCUCUCUUUUAUGAUGGACACCAGCCCUACCACAGGCAGUGUAACAACAACAGUUGCUGAGAAACAGAAGCUUGCUAAGACUUCUCUUGCUUUCAAUUGUAAGAACCCUACCUUUAGAAAAUUGUUUCCAGAGUAUGUGGAGAAGUAUGAAGAGCAGCAGCUCCUGGUGCAUCCAGACCAGGAGCAGGUGUCAUCCAUGCCAACUCAAGCGGAAAUUUCCUCACCCUUGUUGGAUGGUUUGAAUAGCGUAGAGCCCCAUAAGGACAUGGAGAACCAACGGAGGAAAUCUUUGCCAACUUGGUUGUUGCUGUUGCUAGUAUCAAUAUUUGGUGUUGUAAUGGCUCUGCCGCUACUUCAGCUUUGAUGGUGAGUUUCAUUAGCAGGGAACUUGCUAUUCUCUAGAACAAAGUAUCCGAAUUCUAUGGUUGUGUUAUACUUCUCUGUGUGAUUACCUGUAAGUGCAAAAUGUUCUAGGUUUGUCAUAUAUCUCUAGCUUUGCCAACAUUUGGUUAAUGCAAGUUUAGAAAAGAAAAUUCAAUUUCACAUUGGUUAGCAUCUCCAUUAAAUAGUUAAUGGGACAAUCCUCAAGGGCACUUUACAUCAUAAAGCCUUACAUUCACUGGA